UGAUUUGUGUUGUUGUUGGUGGCGGUAAGAUGGCGGCGCUCGGGGACGCAUCAACUCCGGGGGUGAAUGGGUUAAUACAACAGUUCACAUCUAUUACAGGUGCCACAGAGAGUGUGGGGAAGCAUAUGCUAGAAGCAUGCAACAACAAUCUAGAAAUGGCAGUGACCAUGUUCCUGGACGGAGGGGGGAUCGCAGAGGAGCCCAGCACCAGCUCCAGUUCAGCAGGGGCAUCCAGCAGCAAAGCUCCCCCCGCAGAUGACGAAGUGCGUGCGCCCAUCCCUCAGAAGCAGGACAUACUGGUGGAGCCAGAGCCUAUGUUUGGAGCGCCAAAGCGACGAAGACCUGCCCGCUCCAUAUUUGACGGUUUUAGGGACUUCCAAACAGAAACCAUCCGCCAGGAGCAGGAGCUGAGGAACGGCAGUGCGGCGGACAAAAAACUCAGCACCCUGGCGGAUCUGUUCCGGCCCCCCGUCGAGCUCAUGCACAAAGGCAGCUUUGAGACGGCGAAGGACUGUGGUCAGCUGGAUAACAAGUGGCUGAUGAUCAACAUCCAGAAUGUGCAGGACUUUGCCUGCCAGUGUCUCAACAGAGACGUAUGGAGCAACGACGCGGUCCGGACCAUCAUCAGGGAGCACUUCAUAUUCUGGCAGGUUUACCACGACAGUGAAGAGGGACAGAGGUAUAUCCAGUUCUACAAGCUCAACAAGUUUCCCUAUAUCUCCAUUUUGGACCCCCGGACAGGUCAGAAGAUGGUGGAGUGGAACCAGUUGGACGUGGCUUCGUUUCUUGAACAGGUGACGGGCUUCCUGACGGAACAUGGCCAGCUAGAUGGCCCGGCAUCCAGCCACCCGCCCCCCGCCAAACGCGCCCGCUCCGAGAGUCUGAUAGACGCCAGUGAGGACAGCCAGUUGGAGGCAGCCAUCCGAGCCUCUCUCCAGGAGACCCACUAUGAGUCGUCCUCCGCCCCCGACCUCCCUGACUCCCCCCACUCUGCAGAUGCAGACUCGGAUGGAGACUCCGAAGCGGAGCCCUUCUCUGACAGCGAGGGCCUAAUCUCUGUCGACGGCUCGGACAACGAGACAACAGAACCCCGGGAGGGCAGCUCCUACUCCAUUGGCGGACACACCCCUCCAGGACCAGCCCCUCCCACUUCUGCAGCCGCAGCCCCCCAGCCCCCGCCACGGCCGGACAGUCCCCCCGUCCGUCACAGGAAGUCCCCCCACAAAGAGAACAGCCACAGGAAAGAGGAGAGCAAAAAGAACCACCUGGAGCCUCCGGCGGCCACCCUGGCCCGCUCCCAAGCCGACCCAGACUCAGAGCAUCGUUCUGGGGAGAACCAUCGCACCUCAGCUGGCCAAAGCUCCAGAUCUGUUAAGACGGAAACCUCCGACCUCGACUGCCUUGAUGACAAUGGUCCCAAGGCCAGACUGAUGCUGCGCUAUCCAGAUGGCCAGAGAGAGCAGAUCGCCCUAUCGUUCAAGGCUAAGCUUAUGGCUCUGGUGAGACACGUCCAGUCGAAGGGUUACCCCAACGAACGCUUCGAGCUCGUCACAAACUUCCCUCGGCGGAAGCUGGCCCACUUGGACUAUGACAUCACACUGCAGGAGGCGGGGCUAUGUCCACAGGAGACUGUAUUUGUGCAGGAGAGGAACUAAGCCCCUGUCUUUUCUAUCUCUUCAGGCCACACCCAUAUCACCAAUUACCCAGGAGGACGUUACAUGCUGCAACCUUUUGUUCUUUUGGAACAGUGGAUGGACUCCAUUAUCCAUCAUUCGACUGGGAGGAAGUUGCUGGCUGUGUACUUUGUUAGAGGGCAUUUUGUUCAUCGUCAAUUACCGAAGGCAUUCUAUUCUGAUUUUAGUUUUAUUCUGAGGUAAUAAACCAAUCGGAGUAGAAUACAUUAGAGAUACAGUUAGAAAUAAGCUGAGGGCCCGGAUAAUGAUCAGAGCUGGCAUCAGAGUUAGCAGACAAAAUACUUUUAUCCCCUGAGUUGUUAAUACUUAUUUUUUUUGAGUCAUGGACACCUACAGCCAGGUAAAGGAGGGGCUUGAACUCUGACCCUGAGCUCCAAUGGGUCCCAAAUUUGCUCGUCUCCGUGUUGAUUGGGCGAGGAGCUUUUGCAGUAGUGAACGUGAGAAAGGGGGUGACUUUGAAUAAGGGAAUCAAUGGAGAGGGGAGGUGAGGGAUUUUUGGGGAGGGGGGUGAGGUGUCCUUAACUGUUAACCUGCACUGUACAGGGGUGGUGUAGCGAUUGACAUGUAGUCUAGUUUUUUUCUUAUUUCAUUCAUUUUUUUAUAUGCUGCCCCAUUUCCAAGAAAAGAUGCUGAUGCUUAAAUAUAAUCAUCAAAACAAAGGGAA